GAGAAAAGUACCUUUUAGCAAAUUAUUCUAUUUUUUCAAACUAGUCCCUCAAGUUUUUAUUAUUUAGUGAAAGAAACACUAAAAAGACUUCAACAGUGUAGUCAACUUAAAGACCAAUGUCUCUCUCACAUCGUCUUCUUAGUUAGUGAUUUCCUCAUUUUUCUUCCACAAUUUAAUUCGGAUCGAGUUCUACUUUGAUGGGUAAUUGAAAAGUUUGAUUCUUGUUCACGUUAAAGCGAUCUGAUUCAAACCCCCCAAAGCUGCGUUUUUGAUCUUCAUAGUAUGAAUCAGAUGAGGAAGAAUGGCGAUUUAGGGUCGGAAUCAUUUGGUGCUUGCUUGCUUCUGUCUCUUCCAGAAGAUGUAAUUGCUGUUAUAGCUCGUUUUGUAUCUCCAAGAGACAUUUGCAAUCUAAGCUUAUGCUGCAAAAGUCUUUGUGAGGUUUUUGAUUCAGAAAGGAUCUGGCUUGUGCAAUGUGAAGUAGUAAAGGUUCUUUCUUUAUCUGAAAUGAUCCAAUGGCGAAUCGGAAUCUCUUCUUAUAAGGCGUUUUGUCGGUUUCUUGGAGAGGUAAUGAAGCCUCUUGUUGGUGUUUGGGUUCACCAAAACCCUGAGCUUGGGAAUGUUGUUUAUGUAAUGCCUGGUUUUUUGUCUGUUGUUGGGUGUCGGAUAAUUCCACAAGAGGUUGGUCCUUUGGGGAUUGAGGAGGCUCGAGUUAUGUGGUCACCCGUGUUUGAGAUAAUCUGCGGUUUUGAUGGCUCUGCCAAGUUUUUCCUCCAUGGAAGAGACGGAAAACUACAUUGCUGCCUGCAUCCUGGUUUUGUUAUGGGCAUUGAGAAGAGUUGUAAUGUGCUUUUACUCGAGGUUGAGACUAGGCGAGAGAAGGAGUUAUGCAGUGAGAUUGAGACUGUGUUGUUGGGAGAGACAGGGGUUCAGUUACCAUUUCGCAAACUACCCUUUAGUUAUAGAAGGAAUUUACUUCACAUAGUGACAAGCACUGUUGGUAUACCUGUACCUGAUCUAUCAAGUGAAAGGUUAUUUCCCACGUCGAAAGAUGAUGAAGCGGUGUUGUCUGAACACAGAACCAUGCUCCUUAAAAUGCACAAGUUUGGUGGUGAUUGGAAUCACAUGAACCUGGAGGAUGAGUGUAUAAAUAUUCCAAAUCAGGUAGACAUAAACGAAUCGUGGAAGCAUCUUGGAUUUGAAGUCGAUAAUCGCAACAUGGACGCUGGGAAUCAGACACAAAGGAAGACCUUUAGUAGGUAUUUCAGAAGUGGCAUAAAGCAUAUUCUCGGGAGGUCUAGUUCUUUAAAGAACACGUCUUCUUCAAGAAGUGAUACUAGACCUUGGAAUCUCCAAAAAUUUCUUAAUUUUGGUGAUUCCAUAGGUCUUAGUCUCAAAGCUUCCAAUAUUAAGCUGUCUUCUUAUCAAGGUUGGCCAAACAUGGACGAAACCCGUUAUGCCCUUUAUAAGCUACCGAUUAAGAAUCCCAUCGCUAACGAAGAGUAUGCCGGCUUGUGGGGAGGAACUUUUGGCUGGCCACCAGGAAAAUGUACAGAAGAUAAACCCGGGAAGGCUCUUUUUUUACUGAUGCUCUCUUAUGAAGAAUCUCAAGAUGGUACUGAGAGACUUCUUAUAGGGACGAAAAUACUCGAAGGAACUCACUACGCGAUGCAUCCUAAUGGAUCUGCAAUGUUUGUUAUAAAGAUUGAUUCACCUUCCUUUGAGCUUUUUCCUUUCGAUACAAAUGGAGAAGAUUUUGAGCAUUCUUACGCAGGAGAAGGUACUGCAAAGGGUUAUGGUUUCCGGUAUCCUGGUUACAAACCGGGUACACUUUUCGUAACAUCUAAAGGUCUUCUCAUGUUUGUUUGGAAAGCAACUAAAGUUGUGUUGACAUUGCAAAGACUUGACCUUGGAGAGCUCUUAAGGAAAGGCGUGUGUGUAUCGCCUUUACCUCCAUGUUUGAAUUUUGCUUAUUUGACAAAAUCUCACACCAAUGUGUUUGCCCCUGAACGAAGAAGAUCGUAGGAGAUUCCUGCAACAUAUUUGAAGCUCACAAGUCCUCUCUGUUUCCAAUAUAAUAAUCUCAUUAUCGGAGAUCACUGAUAUUUACACUCAAUAUGCUACGUGUGUCUCUAUAGUUACUAAAUAUAAAACAUAUAUUGCUAAAGGAACUACGUUGGUGUACUUUUUACUGUUUGGAUUCAGUAUCAAAGCUACAUUGAUGUGUUGGAACUAUUACACAAACUACAUAUAUGUGUUGGACUAUUACACAAA